AUGGGGGAAGUAGAAGGAACAGAUUACCGGGCAGGCAAUGGGCUGACCAGAAGGGUUCAGGGAGUUGGCGAGGAUCUGGAGGGGGUCACGCUUCCAUCGCCAUUUGCAACAGAAAUGACAGAAGCUGAAGCAGACGAACUCGUCAACAGCCAGCGUGCCCUCUUGCAGCACGCUCUCAAGCGCCGUGAGACUAUUGCUAGCAACGCCGGCAAGAAGAAGUAUACCAACACUCUCUCAGGUGUGCCUGCACCUAAGAAAAAAUCCCGUGCCGCUAAGUCGUCCGGUAGGCAGAAAGGCAAGCAGGGAAAGAAGGCAGGAUCUACUAAAGGCAGUCAAGCUGACUUACCUGCUCCCGCAACUACCGAGGAGGAGCUUGUCACAGAGGCGCUCCCGGACCUCCCUCUGCCCGCAAGUUUCCAGCAGCAGCAGCAGGCCGUUACGAACCCGAACCCUCCGCCCGCGAGUUUCUUGCAGCAGCUUUUCACGAGCUCGACGGCUCUGCCCGUGAGUUCCCAGCAGCAGCUUCUUUCGAGCUCUCACCCGAACCGACCUCUUCCCGCGACUCGCCAGCAGCAGACUUUUACAACUUCCCAGCGGCAGCAGCAGCAGCCUUUUGCUUCCCAGCAGCAGCAGCAGCCUGUUGCUUCCCAGCAGCAACAGCAGCCGCCUGUUGCUUCCCAGCAGCACCAGCAGCCGCCUGUUGCUUCCCAGCAGCAGCAGCAGCCGCCUGUUGCUUCCCAGCAGCAGCAGCAGCCGCCUGUUGCUUCCCAGCAGCAGCAGCAGCCGCCUGUUGCUACUACCCAGCAACAGCAGCAGCACAACCUUGAGUUUCUGGCUGACGCAACCACCGGCGCGCUGGCUGAGGAUUUCUUGACGGCUGCCCGCUCCGCCUUCGACGAGGAGCUGGACGAUGAGCUGGACGAGGAGGAGGACGACGAGCAGGACGAGGAUGAGGAAGAGGAUUAUGAGGAAGAUGGUAUCAAUGCGCACUGGGUCAGAAGGAAUCGCGCACUGCAGGCGCAGGUUGAAGAUCUUCGCCAAACUGUUGACAUCCUGCAAAUUUCACAAGCCGAAGCGCAGCAGAAACUCGCCGCCGCCGAGGCCGAGUGCGAAAUCCUGCGCCAACGACUGGCUCAGCUUGAGGCGCAACAGGCGGCGGAGGUACCGGAGAGGCCUCCAAACGACCCCGAGGUCAACGAGGCGAUGCUCACCAAAGACAAGGAUGGUAAUGUCAUUCCGAAGACAAGCCUACUUCCGAAGGAGUACGCUGUGAAGGCGCUGGAGACCUUCACGUGGCUCAUAACGGACGCGCCAGUCGAGUGCAUGGAGUUCUUCCCAACGUGGGAAGUCUUCCAACCUCAUCUCAUCACGAAGUACCGACUGUGUGGAGUGAAUCGAGACGAGUUCUUCUACGCGACUGGCGGCAGAAUCGAGUUCGAGAAGCUGGCGACGAAGGUAAUCAAAACAAAACGCAGCAACACGCACAAGAAGAUUCGACUCUACGCAUGGGGUGCGGGUGGGUUGUUGGACGAGAGCAAGUGGCCGUUGCUAGCGGUGGAGAUGAUCAUCCCGUCAAUGAAACGCUCGGUAGCGAAGUGGCUGGAAGACUUCAGGCAUGGUGUUCCCUUCGCCAACAUCGCUUUUGAGAAGGCAGCCCUUGCUGCGUUCUCCACUGUUACGUCCAAUCUGGUGCUGCUGAAGAUCCCUAUGCUGGCAUACCUGUGUGUUGUGGUCGAAGCCCCCCUGCAAAGCUUCAGGCCGGGGAGGGGCCAGCCUUCCCUGGAUGGGGUAGGCUCUACCAAUAGCAACUACGUCCGCGCCAAGACUAAUGUGAUCGUGGGGGCGCUUCACGAUGCGAUGCAGAACAACCCCACAAUCUUGCAGCGUGAUGAGCCCAAGGGGUUGGUGCUUGGUUCUGGGUGUGUGCGUAUUCUCAUUGAGGGGUGGGAGCGUGUGUUUCUGUAG